AUUUUUCUGUUUCUAGUUUACUGAAGUUCACUCAUCAGAUGAUCAAUCAACAUUGACAACAUCACUCACAGAUUUGAUAAUAAAAGUUGCCUGUAGCUCCAGCCAUGAUCAAAACAAGUUACUCAUAUGAUGAAGUGGAACAGAUUGCUAAGUUCAUCUUGGAUAAGGUGAAAUGUCGUCCCAAACUUGGAAUUAUUUGUGGAUCAGGUUUAGGCAAAUUAGCUAAUUCUGUAGAAAAUCAAGAAGUUAUAGCUUACAAAGAUAUUCCAGAGUUCCCAAUCAGCACAGUUCCUGGGCAUGAAGGAAAACUUGUCUUUGGCACUUUAGGGGGUAAGAAUGUUGUGCUUAUGCAAGGUAGAUCUCACUGCUAUGAAGGAUACCCACCCCAAAAGACUACACUUCCUGUAAGAACCAUGCAUUUGAUGGGAGUAAAAACUUUAUUUGUAACCAAUGCUGCUGGUGGAAUCAACAGAAAAUUUCACGUGGGAGACAUUAUGAUCAUCAAGGACCAUUUAAACCUGGCUGGCUUUGCUGGUGUUAAUCCUCUUGUUGGUCCUAAUGACGAGAGGUUUGGUCCUCGUUUUCCCCCCGUGUCAAGAGCAUAUGAUCUGGAAAUAAGAAAACUUGCAAUGAGCCUGGCCAUUGAAAUGGGGUUUAAAGAUUUUAUACAAGAAGGGGUAUAUAGCAUGAUGGUAGGACCUAACUUUGAAACUGUCACUGAAUGCCGCUUCUUGGAAAUAGUUGGAGUGGAUGCUACAGGUAUGAGUACUAUCCCAGAAGUUUUGGUAGCCAAACAUUGUGGCAUGAGAGUAUUUGGCAUGUCGCUGAUCACCAACAUGGUCAUUAUGGAAUAUGAUGCUGUGUCCACAGCUAACCAUGAGGAAGUCUUAGAGACAGGAGAGAGGCGCAGCAAAGAUUUGCAGAAGUUGAUGACCGCCAUUAUAGAGAAAAUUGAGGUGUAAACAUUGGUGCGUUUGUAGCUCAUUAAAAUAUUCAGAUUGUUCAUUACCAUUGAACAAACAGAACAUCACAUUAAAUUUGUAUUUAACAUUCAAGUGCAGCUAGUUGUGUGCAGAGUAGAUCAUUGCAGCUAGUUUAGAGAACUUGACUAAUUUCAUUUUUUAAAUGCUGACUUAGCCUAUAUAUAAUUACUAGACUGCUGCUGUAUAAAAGAAUAACUAUUGUUUUGAAUAUUUUUUUUUUUAAUGCUACUCAGAUCUAUGUGAUUAAACCUACUCAACAAUGAAAAUGAGAUUCAUUUAGCUUUUUAUCUAAUCAACUUAUUAAUUAUAAUAAAACUGUUGUCAUAGUGGGUAAUUUUAAAAAAAAAAAUGAUUUUUUUGUCAUCUCACUAAAAUAUAUAAGUGUGUUUACAUUGAUACUAACUUUUUUUCACUUAAUUAUUCCUGUUUGGGUAAAAGAUUGUAUGUGUCAUUUUCUUGAUAUUUUUGUGUUAUUAAUUAUAUUAGAAUUUGUAUAUUUUUUUCUGUACUUUUACAAUAUUUGAAAUCUUGAUUAAGGUUCUCCUUAUUAAAAAAGACAUACUGCACAUAGUAGAAGAGUUCUGACAUGUGAUAAUAAGCUAUGUGGGGGUGGGGUUUUUAAUACAUGUAGCAUGAACUAUAUUUUAUUUUUUUAAAUAGUAAUUAAAACUAUUUAUUGUCCAUUAGAAAUAUGGCAAUGGGAGUGGAAAAUGUGAUGUUUGUGUCAUUGUUUUUAGAAAAGGGGACUUGCCUUUUCUAAGUAUAUGUGAUGAUAGAAGGGAAAAAAAGGUUUGCUACAAUAUUGUGACAUCAUUUAUGGGCAACCCCUUAGCCAAUAUAAGAUUAUUGUAUUUUUAAAUGCAUUGUCUGGAAGUAAGAUUUAUAUAAUACCAUUAUCUUCAUUUUCCUACUUUCAAACCAUACAAGCUUAAUACAUUAGCGCAACUUGGCUUGAGUUUUCACUUCAUACUUUAUUAAACUUAUAAUGUCUAAAUGCUAUUAACUUCAAUUGAAUAAAAACAUUCUUUUGAAUUUAUCCUCUAAGUUUUGUUGUAAUAUAAACCUAAAUGUUGUGAGAAUAUUAUUGUCAAUUACAGUUUUUCAACCAAGUCCCUGUCUCAACUUUAAGCCUAUGGGUGUUAGGUUAGCCUGUUGUCAUAGACUGUUGAUAAGAGCUAGGGCACUCUGUUCUGGGCUAGUCCCUCCAACUGUCUCCAAGUAUCUACUCUUCUUGGUGUCAGGCCAUUGUACUGGAAGGAUCUUUCUGAGACGGGAGUUUAUAAAUUAAAUUAUUUUUUUUUAUUUGUGUCAUUCUCCAUAUCUC